CAUUGCAUCUCUCAAAAUGCACACAUUUUCCCCAUCUUUCCUACUUUGGCCACUCAUAUUGCUUUCUUGGCUUAUCCUCUCAGCUGCACACAACACAACUCAUCAAAUCAAAAGUGAUGAAUCUAUACUUCUUGCCUUCAAAUCCCACAUCACUUUAGAUCCUCACGAUAUUUUGAGAAAUAAUUGGACGAGUGGAUCCCCUUUUUGCACGUGGAUAGGAGUUACUUGUGAUUCACGUCGUAGCAGAGUGACUAAAUUAGAUAUCUCGUUUAUGAAUCUCGAAGGCAGCAUCCCACGAGAAAUUGGAAACAUGGCUUCACUUGUUUAUCUAGAUUUGAGUGGAAACUCUUUUCAUGGUCGGCUACCAAAGGACAUUUGCAUGUACAAUAACUUUCAAAGACUCAAACUACUCGACAUGUCGUUUAACAAAUUGGAAGGAGAUAUACCAUCGAGUUUGUACCAAUGUCCACAGCUUGAGAGUAUUCGCUUGUUUGGCAACAACUUUGGUGGAUAUGUGCCUACACAAAUUGGGAAUAUCACACUGCUUAAGGAAUUAGACCUUGGUGGGAACAAUUUGAGAGGUCGGCUACCAAAGGAUAUUUGCAAGCACAAUAAAUUUCAAAGACUCAAACUACUUGACCUAUCCUCGAACAAAUUGGAAGGAGAUAUACCAUCGAAUUUGUACCAAUGUUCACAACUUGAGAGCAUUAACUUGUCACACAACAACUUUAUGGGAUAUGUGCCUAGACAAAUUGGAAAUAUCACACUGCUUAAGGAAUUAGACCUUCGUUGGAACAAUUUGAGAGGUCCAAUACCAUCCACCAUCGGGAGUUUAUCUAAUUUGAGUUGGCUAGAACUCUCUUUCAACACAUUAGAUGGUCCAAUACCAUCCACCAUUGGAAAUCUAUCAAAUAUGCAACAUUUAGCACUAUCUUCCAACAAAUUAAAUGGUCCAAUACCAUCCACCAUUGGAAAUCUAUCAAAUAUGCAAUAUUUAUGUCUCUCUUCCAACAAAUUAAAUGGUCUAUUACCAUCCACCAUUGGAAAUCUAUCAAAUGUGAUGUAUUUAUCGCUCUCUUCCAACAAAUUAAAUGGUCCAAUACCAUCCACCAUUGGGAAUCUAUCAAUUUUGGUGAACUUAGACCUCUCUGACAACAAAUUAAACGGUCCAAUACCAUCCACCAUUGGAAAUUUAUCAAAUUUAUAUGUACUACAACUCUCUUCCAACAAAUUAAAUGGUGAGAUCCCAUUCUCCAUCUGCAACUUGACAUCCCUUGGGAUUCUUCUUCUCUCAAAUAACAGCUUGGAGGGGACAAUUCCACAAUGCUUUCAAAACUUGAGCCAAUCUCUACGCACCUUUCAUUUAAAUGCAAAUAACUUUAGUGGCCUCAUUCCAUCAAUAUUUAUCAAAGGGUGUAGUCUUCUCUCCAUCAAUUUGAGUGGUAAUAAAUUGCAAGGAAGAUUACCUAAAUCCUUAAUCAAUUGCAAGAGUCUGAAGGGCCUCGACGUCGGAAAUAAUAGAAUACAAGACGAAUUUCCAUUUUGGAUGGAAGCUCUUCCUAAGCUCCGAGUGCUAGUCUUAAAGUCUAACAAGUUUGAUGGUAACAUUUCGAUGCCUUCGCGAAGCAACCUUCCCUUUUUUGAGUUGCAAGUUUUAGAUAUAUCUAGGAAUGCAUUUGUGGGAUCUCUACCUCAAAUAUAUUUCAAUCAUUUUAGAGCAAUGAUGAAUGUGAAGGAAAAUCAAAUAGAAAUAUACAAUGAUGAUGAUUUGAACUUUCUGAGUACCUUGGAGAUGACAGUCACCUUGAAAGGUCAAGAUCAGUUAUUGACGAGAUUGUUGGAUGCCUUUACAGUCAUUGACUUAUCCUCCAAUAAAUUCUCUGGGGCUAUUCCACAUUCCAUAGGCAAUCUUAAUUCUUUGAGAUACUUGAAUUUGUCCCACAAUAAUCUCAUCGGACACAUACCUCCAUAUCUUGGAAAUAUAAGUGUGCUUGAAUCAUUGGACUUGUCAUGGAACAAAUUGGAUGGAGGAAUUCCAAGUGAAUUGACAAGGUUAACAUUUCUUGAGAAAUUAAACCUUUCAAUGAAUGAUCUGGUGGGGCAAAUCCCACAAUCUAACCAGUUCUCCACAUUUGAGAGCGAUUCAUACAUGGGAAACUUGGGACUUUGUGGAGUUCCGUUGACGAGAAAAUGCAAUGAGGAGAAUGGGAAGCAAAUGCAACCAAAAGAAGAAGAUGAUGAUGAUGAUGAGUAUGGAUUUAUAGAUGGAUUUGGGUGGAGAAGUGUGGUGAUGGGAUAUGGAAGUGGAUUCAUGGUUGGAUUUGGAAUUGGUUACAUUAUUAUUAGAAAUGGAAGGCCAAGAUGGUUGGUGGAAUUCUUUUUUGGGGUUGGAUAUAAUAAAAAGAAGAAGAAGAGAAGUAAUAGAGGUUAUAGAGCAACACCAAUACAAAGGAGGAGUUGAUACUUGCUCCAAUUAUUUUGGAUCUUUGUUUCUUACCUUUUCUUCAGUUUGUUGUACGAGCUUGUGCUUCAAUUGUUUCUCUUUUUUUUUUUUUGUAUUUAUUGCUACUUCAU